AUGUACUAUCAGUCAGGUGAUGUCAUCAUGGAUGGCAUUGUCACUUUAGCUGCUUUCAUGCAUGGUGCCCUAGAGUUCAGCAAAGUCCCACCGCCACCAUUGCUUGAAGAUCAUGUAUGGACAUGGAUUGGAGUUCUGGUGAUGGCCAAUGAUAAUGGAGAUAGGGUUAUAGAGAUGAUUGUUCCAUUAUUAUCCCAGCACAAUAUCUGUUUUUCAUUUACAGAGAGAGUUGCUGAAUUAACAUCUGUUAAUGAAAUUUAUAACUUGGCCAAGCAUGCUGCAGAAAUACAUGAUAAAAUUAUGGAUAGCAGUACUAAUGUUCUGAUAUGUUAUGGAGAAUCUGAUAGUAUGGCAAGGCUGAUAUGGCUAGCAUAUUUAUCAAGAAAAAGCAUAACAGAUAUUGUCACAGGUAAAGUGUGGAUAUUUACAGCACAAGUGGAGCUCAACUCACAUGUAUAUCAGAGAGAUUGGGAUAAUGACAUGAUGAAUGGUGCUCUGUCUUUCACAAUUCAUGCCAAUGACCCACCAGGAUUCCAAUCAUUUACUAAAAGUAGAAAUCCUUCCAUGACGGAAGAUGGAUUUAUCAAGGAUUUUUGGCAGCAAUCCUUUGUUUGUGCAUUUAAAACUUCAAAUGUAGUUGGUGAUGUUUGCACGGGAGAAGAGAAACUAGAAGAUCUUCCUGUAACCUUUUUUGAAAGCAGAAUGACUGGUCACAGCUACAGUGUUUAUAAUUCUGUCCAUGCAGUAGCCCGUGGAUUGCAUGCCAUGAUUUCAUCCAUAUCUGCCCAGAGGUCAGUGGCAAAUAAAGGGAGGCUGAAGCUUCAAAAUCAAGAUUCAUGGCAGUCAGGUAAUAUCAAAUGUAGAGUUCAAAGUCCUCAUGAUCCAUAUCAUAUGUACUACCAGUCAGGUGAUGUCAUCGUGGGUGGCAUUGUCACUUUAGCUGCUUUCCUGCAUGGUGCCCUAAAGUUCAGCAAAGUCCCACCACCACCAUUGCUUGAAGAUCUUGUAUUAGUUCCUAAAUAUUAUCAAAAUAUUGUGGCCCUAACAUUCGCAGUCAAGGAAAUCAAUAAAAACCCACAGAUCUUAUCCAAUGUCACUCUUGGCUUCAACAUCUAUGACAGUUACCUCAAUGCCCAGAAAACAUACCAUGCCACAAUGUCACUGAUUUACAACAAGAAAAGCUUUUUUCCCAAUUAUAUCUGUGGUAUCCAGCAUCAUCUGAUUUCAGUGAUUGGGGGACUAGAUGCAAAAACUUCCAUUCACAUUGCAAAUCUCUUGGAUAUCUAUAAGAUCCCACAGAUGAGCCCACUGGAAAGAGUUCAGUAUGAAGGGAUUCUGUCUUUGCUUCUCCAUUUCAGAUGGACAUGGAUUGGGGUUAUUGUCAUAGAUAAUGAUAAUGGAGAAAGGGUUAUAGAAAUGAUUGUUCCAUUAUUGUCCCAGCACAACAUCUGUUUUUCAUAUAUAGAGAGAAUCGGUGAAGUAACAACUGUUCAUGAAAUGUUUGACUUGUUCAGCCGUGGUGCAGAAAUACAUGAUAAAGUUAUGGAUAGCAAUGCUAAUGUUCUGAUAUUUUAUGGAGAAUCCGAUACUAUGGUAAGGCUGAAAUGGCUAGCAUAUUUAUCAAGAAAAAGCAUAAUAGAUAUUGUCAAAGGUAGAGUGUGGAUAUUUACAGCACAAAUGGAGCUCAACUCACAUGUAUAUCAGAGAGAUUGGGAUACUGAUAUAAUGAAUGGUGCUCUGUCCUUCACAAUUCAUGCUAAUGACCCACCAGGAUUCCAGUCAUUUACUGAAAGUAGAAAUCCUUCCAUGACAGAAGAUGGAUUUAUCAAGGAUUUUUGGCAGCAAUCCUUUGUUUGUGCAUUUAAAAUUUCAAAUGUAGAUGAAGGAGCUGGUGAUGUUUGCACAGGAGAAGAGAAACUGGAAGAUCUUCCUGUAACUUUUUUUGAAAAAAGAAUGACUGGUCACAGCUACAGUAUUUAUAAUUCUGUCUAUGCAGUAGCCCAUGCAUUGCAUUCCAUGAUUUCAUCCAGAUCUGCUCAGAGGUCAGUGGCAAAUAAAGAGAGGCUGAAGCUUCAAAAUCAAGAUUCAUGGCAGCUGCACUCCUUUUUGAAAGGUCUCUCAUUUAAUAACAGUGCUGGGGAUCUGGUUUCUAUUGACUACAAUGGAGAAUUACUUGCUGGAUAUGAUAUACUGAACUGGAUUGUUUCUUCUAACGAAUCCUUCAUUAGAGUUAAAGUUGGGAAGGUAAACCCUGCAAUUUUUUCAGACCAAAUAUUCACCAUAAAUGAAGAUGUUAUAACCUGGCACAGUUGGUUUAACCAGUCCCAGCCUGUUUCUAUAUGUACUGAGUGUUGCCGUCCUGGUGCCAGCAAGAAAAUGAAGGAAGGGGAGCCCUUUUGUUGCUAUGACUGCAUUCCAUGCCCAGAUGGAAAGAUUUCAGAGAAGGAGGAUACAAAUGAUUGUUACUUGUGUCCAGAAGGAAGCUAUCCAAACAAGAAUCAGGAUUCCUGUAUUCCUAAAAUGUUGACAUUUUUGUCUUAUAAGGAACCUUUGGGAAUCAGUUUAGUCUUCUUUGUUCUUUUGUUGUCUUUGCUCUCGGUGAUGGUGCUUGGAAUAUUUGUGAAGAACCACAACACUCCUAUCAUCAUUGCCAAUAACCGAGACCUCACUUACAUUCUCCUCAUCUCCCUCCUGCUCUGCUUCCUUUCUGCAUUCCUAUUCAUUGGUCAUCCUGAGAAGAUAGUAUGUCUCCUACAACAAAUGACUUUUGGGGUUAUCUUUGCAGUGUCAGUUUCUUCAGUGUUGGCAAAAACCGUCACAGUGGUUCUGGCUUUCCUGGCCACCAAGCCAGGAUCCAAGAUGCAAAUGUUUGUGGGAAAGAGACUGUCCAACUCCAUUAUCAUUUCCUGUUCUCUUAUUCAAAUAGGUAUUUGCAUGACAUGGCUAAUAACCUCUCCCCCAUUCCCAGACACUGACAUGGAUUCAGUAAUUGAAGAAAUUAUUCUGCAGUGCAAUCAAGGCUCUGUGACUAUGUUCUACAGUGUCCUAAGCUAUUUGGGUUUCUUGGCUGUUAUUAGUUUCAUAGUUGCCUUCAUGGCCAGGAAAUUACCUGAUACAUUCAAUGAAGCCAAGUUCAUCACUUUCAGCAUGUUGGUCUUCUGCAGUGUUUGGAUAUCCUUUGUUCCAACCUACCUGAGCACCAAGGGGAAGUACAUGGUGGCAGUGGAGAUAUUUUCCAUCUUGGCCUCUAGUGCUGGUUUGCUGGGCUGCAUCUUUCUUCCCAAAUGUUAUGUAAUUGUUUUAAGGCCUGACUUGAACAGCAGGAAAAAAUUAAUGAAGAAAAAACAAUUCUGA